AUGAGCCGCCAAAACAAGAAAACCACGUCCGACGAUCUUACUGGGCGGACACCAAUAAUGCGGGUGGCAAAUCCGGCAGCGAAGCAAAAAGCCAGCUGCCGCCAGUGCGAAGAUCAAAAGCGCGAGUUCGAAGAGCUCGCGGAAAAAGUCGACCAUUUGGAGGAAGUGGUCGACGAACCGGAGGUGGAAGAAGAACUAAGAUACGAUUAUAGUAACUGGAAGAUGAAGGUGGAAGCGGGGUGUGGGAUUGCCUUUGAGGAUGGAACAUCGAUCUUUGAAGGUGUUCUUGAAUAUGCAGAUGUGGGAGCUGGUCAUGUGGUAGUUGGUGGAAGUGGGAGUGGUGGAGGAGCGGAACGGAAAGAUGACGAGACUGACGAACUCUGGUUAAAACGUCAUUGGCUUUGUCGUCAGUGA